AAAGAUUAAAUAAUAGGGGAAUCCUGUUUUAUUCUUCCCGGCGGAGCUGUAUUCAUAUGGUAAUGGAGACAGAGAGGCUGCGCCCCGCCCUUCUUCUUCUGUGGAACAAGAGUGGCCGGUCUGCUGUCACCCUGCAGUCAUACAAGCACCCAGAGUGUCACCCACUGGACUCUGUCAAACAACCGGCUCGGUGGUGGAUCAGGAGAAACUGCCAAGUUCAGCGCAGCAGCAGGAUACGGACACAACUCUCUUUCUGUCCGCCCCUCCCAGCUUCCGGGUUGUUUUUUUUAUUUUAUUUUUUUGCUCCUCUUACGUGCUACUGUCGCGAUACGGCGUUACCAUGGUUACAAAUAACAGAUAUUGGAUAUAAAACAUCCCAACUUCCUCGACAGUCCCAUUAUCCGCACACUGUCAACAGAGAGGAGCCGCUGGAGUCUCCGGACGCAUCUGAGAUCAGCUGCAUCCAGGAAGGCGCACCACGCAGCGACCGUCCAUGUGUUGCGCGCUCCAGGAUACUUGACAAGAACAUUUGCAAGCUACCUACCUGAAGAUAAAUCUCAUUAGACUUUAUUUUUGUUGUUGUUCAUAGAUUUGCAGUGUAUUUUCCGGUAGCUAUGCAGAAUAAAGGCACAUUUAUCAGCCCUUUUCCCAGACCGCGCUGUCUGGCGGCGGCGGCGCCCGCGGGGAAAGCGAAAUUAACUCACCCGGGAAAGGCGAUUCUGGCAGGUGGAAUUGCGGGUGGCAUAGAGAUCUGCAUUACUUUCCCUACAGAGUAUGUCAAGACCCAGUUACAACUGGAUGAGAAGGCCAAUCCACCCAAAUAUAAAGGAAUAGGUGACUGUGUGAAACAGACCGUACAGGGUCACGGUGUCAAAGGACUGUACAGAGGACUAAGCUCACUGCUGUAUGGAUCCAUUCCCAAAUCUGCAGUCAGGUUCGGGAUCUUUGAGUUUCUCAGUAACCAUGCAAAGGAUGAGUCUGGUCGACUGGACAGCACCAGAGGCCUGCUCUGUGGGCUUGGAGCCGGGGUGAUGGAGGCUGUUUUGGUGGUCUGUCCCAUGGAAACUGUCAAGGUUAAAUUCAUUCAUGACCAGACUUCAGCCAACCCCAAAUACAAGGGCUUCUUCCACGGAGUCAGAGAGAUUGUCAGGGCACAAGGAUUGAGUGGAACAUACCAGGGUCUCACUGCCACAGUCCUCAAACAAGGCUCCAACCAAGCUAUUCGAUUCUUUGUGAUGACCUCUCUCAAGAACUGGUACAAAGGUGAUAACCCCAACAAAGCUAUCAAUCCAUUGCUGACUGGAGCCUUUGGAGCCAUAGCUGGAGCUGCCAGUGUCUUUGGAAACACCCCACUGGAUGUAAUUAAGACGAGGAUGCAGGGUCUGGAAGCACAUAAAUAUAAAAGCACAUUGGACUGUGCUUCAAAGAUCCUGAGACAUGAGGGCUUGGCAGCAUUUUACAAAGGGACAGUUCCUCGGCUGGGCCGUGUGUGUCUGGAUGUGGCCAUAGUUUUCAUCAUCUAUGAGGAGGUGGUGAAGGUCCUGAAUACGGUCUGGAAGACGGAAUGAGCUAUUUGACGUACAGAGGGGGCGGCAGCUUCCUGCUUCCCAGGCAUCAGACACAGUUCCAAGUUUCACAGAGCUCUUUUGUAUCAUAAAAACCAGCUGCUGGUACAGAGCUGAACUUAGAUCCGUGUCAUAUGCUAAUCAGGAAGUUGAGGAGCUCAUAGACGGUGGCUGCAGAGAAGAAAGAUAGCCUGAAAAGAGGCUCAAUGUCGCCCACAUCUGGACAGCUGGAGUGUAUGCAGAGCUUUGCUGCUCAGCACCGAGACACCUGAUAAGAACAAGGGUAGAUUUCACAAAGUGGGAUUAUAAAGUUUACCAAAUAAUUGUUAAAAAAGAUACUUCGUUCUAGAGAUCAAACCCUGAGUAUUAGGGUCAACAACGUGAUUCCUUUAAACAUUUUUGUGGUUAUAAACAACAUUUUUACAGAAAUCAGGUUAUUUGGUUCACUGUCUUUAUAAACCUACUUUGUAAAAUACCCACCUUCAGUGAAAAACAUAAUUUCUAGUCAUUCACAGCUGUUUUACUGAUGUUUACUGGGAGUAUGCAGGUGUCAUACUGGAUUUUCUUGAGUUAGUGUUGCUUUCUGUCUCCUAGUAUGGUUUUAAAUCCAAAGGAGCCAGACUACAGCUGGUUGCAGUUUACAGCCCCAUAAGCUGCAGUAACUUCUAUAACUUGGCCUUUAAGAGAAUUAUUUAAAAAAAAUAAUAUGCCAAUUAUUUUUAUACAGUGUAGAUUCUAAUUUAGUUCAUUACUAGCAUUAUAUUUUAUCUGUAAAGUAAGAUAUAUUUGAUUCCUGUGCCAAAUGCCAAACCUAUACUAUGAAGGUGUGUUCGGAGUAAGAACAUGCAGUAGCUUAAUGAUCUUAACAAAAGAGGAGCAAAUAUUAUGACUUAUAUUAUACUUUAUAAAUGUAUUUAUUGGCAGUUGAAUGUUGAAUAUGUAGAUGGUUGAGAGGCUAUUUGCUGUUAACUUGUGCCACUUGUGUCGUGUGUUUUGUGUGAUCGGGUCUGGGUGUGAAGGUGUUUUUAAGAUGUUAGGAAAAUAUUUAAUUGCUCUAUUUCACUGUGAGUCUAAAUGACCCAACGGCACUGAGUCAUACAGACGAAGUAACCUCAGGCCUCUUAUUCCCUGCCAAUGGAAACACCGCUGUUCAUCAGCAUACUACCACCGGAUGCUUAUUUGUCUUCUGAUUACAUUAGAAGAAGUUUUCAAUCUUUGUGAUUCUCCCUUCUACAUAUGUUCUCCACGCCAACAGUUCCCAACUGGGAACGAGUCAUAAGAUAAAUCUGAGGGGUUAUGAAUUGUUCAAAUCUAUUUCAGGUGCUGUUCUGUUUCAUUCAGGGUUUGUUUUUACUUCUCACUCAUGUGCCUUUUACUGUUAUGGUUUGUGGGUACUAGAAAUAUUCUCAUCUAUUAUCAACAUACAGUGUUAAAUUCUUUAAUCAUCUUACAGUCAAUUUGAGAUUUCUGUGGUACAUUUAUAUUGUUUUUGUAUGAACAAAAACUGCUUUUCCUCCUUUUACCAUCACUAGUGACAUGAAAACGCUCAUAAUCUAUAUGUAUUACGCUAAAAACUGUAUCAUAAAUCAUGUUUGUUUGUUUUUUUGUUUCGCCAAACAAAAUGCUUGUGUUCCCGACUGCCAAAUAGCCAAGAGAAAAUGUUAUUGUUAUUGCAAAUCAAUGUAUUCCAAUGCAGUGUGUGUAGGCUAUGUGGUUCUUAAUGAUGACGCUUGUGCAAUAAACACUGUAUCCUCCUUUUGUCCGUACUUAAUGUAAAGUCCUUUGUAGUAGGGGGAUUUCAAAACUCAUUAAAUCAAGCAUCUGAAAACUUGAA